CAAAAGCCAGGAAUGCAAGCAAGGACCAGAAGCUAUUAUUUUGAUUUCUGAUCGAAUUGAGGGAAGGCAUUACAAAAAAAAGUUGAGAAAAGGUACGGCUUUAGGGAAGGUAUCACAAUGGACGUAAAGACUUUCUCAGUUUAUUUUUGCUGUCCAUCUGCUUGUCUCUGAUGGAUCUUUUUUAGCUGCUCUUCCACAACAGGAAACUUGUUGAAUCUGAGGCUGGUCGUGAUGGCUACAUGCCACUGAGGCCGUGGUGAUAGAGACUUGUGAGUUACAGAGAAGCUGAGGAUGGCAGAGCACCUCCACAGCAGCACGCUGUCUGCGUCAGGGGCCACUCAGCCCAUCCCUUUCCUCACCCUUGAGCAAAAGGCUGCCUUUGUGUUUGUGCUGCUCCUCUUCAUUUUCCUGGGCCUGCUGAUCGUGCGCUGUUUCCGCAUUCUGCUGGACCCUUACAGCAGCAUGCCUUCUUCCACAUGGACAGACUACAUGGAAAAAGACACAUUUGACUAUCGCAUCGCCUGAGGGACUGCUUGGGCUUGGCCGGUCAUGACGCCACAUGAUGGCUACCUCACAGUCUCCAAAACAGAGUCGAAUAACGCCUCUAUGCUGGUGGUGUGGUGGCAUGAUGUCUGAUUUUUGAAAAAACAAAACACGUGUUCUACUAUACAUUUCUUCCAUUUGCACUUAUGGAAUAAUUUGCUGCCAGCACAAUACCUCACCUCACCUCAAUUUCACCACACCUGAUAAGUGAUGUCACAUCCAGGUUUCCUGAGAAUUAUUAGCGAUGACAUACCCGAAGCUAAAACUAGCCAAUUACCUAUCAUAAACAGUUUAUCUUAUGUUGAUGCAGUGUUUAUUAUUAUUUUUACAAUGAGGGUAAAUCCUUUACUAAACUUAUCACUCCACUACCUUUAUAGAACUUAAAGUGCUUUGGUUUAGAGAUUGUAAAAAUCUUCUGAGCUCUUCGUUGAGAAAGUCCUGAGCUUUUGGCCUUAUGAUUCAGUGUGUUUACAGAGCUGCCGGGGAAAAAAAAAUCCUGGCCUCAUUGUUAUUAAGCUAAAUGUCAAUCAAUGUAAUGACCAAGCAGCCUUCUUAGGCAUCUGGAUGAGAGCUUUGACAAGUUCCUCCUUUCUCUCUUACUCUCUUUCUGUCUUUUUCUCUCUGCAGUGUGCUUUAAUAGGGUGUGUCUGAUGUGGUGCAUAUUGUUCAACGGUAUUUUCCUAAUCACAGAAAUGAACUGUUCAUUCAAAUGGUGUGAAUUCACUGUUGUGCACAAGCAUCAGUGCAUUAUUGAUUUCGCAAAUGCUCUGGUGCAAAGCUGUGAUUAGCUUAACUACAUGUUUUUAAAAGAGAUCCAGCUCACAUAAACAAGAAAUGUGUCUACGAUGUGCAAACGAUAUGAAUUGCCAUUUCAGUGCCUGUUUUUAUUUAAUUUUACUACCUGCUAUUGAUUUAUAGUCUGUAUAGUUGAGACUGCUCUGUUUGAAACUGUCACUGGAGGCAGUUAUUGCCACAGCACAUUAAGCUCUAGUGUCAGGAAUUACAGUAGUCAUUACAAUGCACAUUGAGAGUGUGUGUGCAUGUGCGAGUGUGUGUGUGUGUGUGUGUGUGUGUGUGUGUGUGUGUUUGAUAUAUUAGGUACUUGAUACUAAGACUCUUCAGAAAGACCAUGUGCCAUGUGGUUUACAAGUAGGUCUUGCAUUUGAUGUGCUUUUUAUAUUUGUUUCCAAAUAAAGAUAAAUGUAUUUCUCCCAAA